UUAUUAAAGUUUACAAAUCUAUAAUUUAAAAGGGCUGCUUUGUGCUUUCACAAGUUCUGCAGUGACGACACGGACUGUAUCACGUGACGUGACCGGAAGUAUCGUUUCUAGUGGGACCGCGCGAGUGUUGCACGAACAAACAUCUCAGAUUCAAAACAGCUUCAAAGGAUAUAAACCAGAAUGCCAAUGGGAGACAGUCACAGACGCUUUUUACAGAGCAUUAUGGGAUAUGGAAUCAUCAGUGCUUCCCAAGCCAAAGCACUACACAGACACUGCUGUGAGGCACAUGGAGCACAUUAUGCUCAAGAUAGGCUUGACGAAUUUAUCGAAGUAAUCAACUCCCACCUGCAGCCCAUGUUUAUGAACAUCCGGAAGGGGAUGUCUGAAGAGGAUGGACUUCAAUAUUAUGCGAUGGUAAACAUGGCACAGACAUUCAUAACAAGAAUGUCCUCGGAUUAUGCGGACAAUGAACUGGAAUUGUUCCGUAAAACUAUGGAUUUCAUUGUUGAGUCUGAGACUGGGUCUGCGUCCUCCACAGACAUAAUAAAUUGUGCCGACAGCCUUCAAACUAAAAAGUUGAAGAAAAAAGAAGCUGAGCACGUCUUAACUAUGUUCGUACAGGACAAGUGGUUGAUUGAGAAACGCGGUGAAUACACACUAAGUGUGCGCUGCAUUAUCGAAAUGGAACAGUACAUGCGCGCGAUAUACCAGGAUCUCAUCAAAGUGUGUAAUGUGUGUCACAGCAUUGCCCUGAAGGGCCAGGUGUGCGAGAGGCCAGGGUGCGGGAUCAAGAUGCACCUCCCAUGUGUUGCUCGCUAUUUUAAAGGCCGCACGGAUCCUCGCUGCCCUACGUGCAAUGAUUUCUGGCCUCAUGAGAUUCCAGAAAUACCGCGUUCCCAGUCACAGGGCUCACAAAGUCUGGCUUCAGCCAAAGAGAACACAGCUCCCACACCUUCUACAUCAGCAACACGGCGGUCAAGAAGGUCCUGAGCGCUUGCCGUACAACGUAGCUUUUCUCUAAGAAUUAUAUUGGAUUCUGUUUGGUUUGAAAGAAUGACUAUUAGUAGUCAUAAUUUGUUUUUCAGUCCAGAAAUUGAAUUUUGAUACAUUUUUUAUAUUAAUAAAAAAAUGUGUACUAA